AUGCCAAAGAUAAGUGAAACUGUGAAGGGAAAGUUGAGUUUGGGGGCAAGAAUUGUUCAAGUAGGAGGGGUGGAGAAGAUUUUCGAGAAAUUGUUUAGUGUUAGAGAAGGGGAGAAGCUGUUGAAGGCAUGCCAAUGCUAUUUAUCAACAACAGCAGGUCCCAUAGCUGGUUUACUUUUCAUCUCAUCACAAAAGGUUGGCUUUUGCAGUGAUAGAUCAAUUAAAAUUACAUCUCCUAAUGGAGAAUUGGUUAGAGUCCAUUACGAGGUUUUGAUUCCACUUGAGAAAAUAAAGGGAGUGAAUGAGAGUGAAAACAUGAAGAAACUGUCACAAAAGUACAUGGAAAUUAUGACAGUAGAUGAUUUUUAG